ACACUUACUGAAUACUGACAUUUCAUUCGCACUUUGUUUUAGCAGUACAAUACAUUUAUUUUAGUCGUUAAUGACGAGAUUUAACAACUUAAUCCACUACGGAUGCUUAAUCUCUUUCUUGCUGGUAUUUGGGUUCAUAUGCUUUUCUCUUGGGUCUUCCAAAGCAAACUCACCAUUCAAUUUCAAGAACGUUGCUGUUAUACAAGAGGGGAAUGAUAAUGAGGAUCAGGAACCUUCUACUACGAAACCCUCCACCAAAAUAUUGAAUGACCUAGUCAUCAAGACUGAAGAGUUGGAAGUUGAGAACGAGAAUUUGAAGAAGGAGCUAGAAGAAAACAAAAGCAAAUAUCAAGAAACAGACAGUCAGUUGGAGGAGAUAGCGAGGUUGCGUGCAGAGGUAACUCACGUGACCGAGUUGAAGAGUGCUAUAGAACAGUUACAGAGGGAAAAUGAUGAUCUGAGACGCAGCUGUUCUGAACAGGAACAGAACGUCGCUGUUAUACAAGAGAAAAAUGAUAGUCAGGAUGAAGACAAAAAUCUUGAAACUGUCCUAAGAUAUCCACAGCUACCCCAAACUGAGGACAACAUUGGAGUAGGCGAACUGUGCCCUAACACAGAAAAGUUCACGGAAGUAAACGAGCAAAGGUUGGCUUGGGUACAGUCACAAUGUCGCGACACUCUUACUGACAGUGUCAGAUCUAAAAUCUCUGACAUCACGGAGAGACUUUUUUACUUUCCCAAAUCUCAGUUGGGAUGGUGUCCUGUGUUCAAGGCAGCGUCCUCCAACGUGUUUGCACAUUUCUGCCAUGACUAUUUUGAUGAUGAAACAUGUAAGAAUAAGCGUGUUAAGGAGAAAGGUUUCAAAGGUGGCUUCAGAGAACUAGAUGACUUCAUAGAAAAGGAUCCUCCGCCUAUAGAGGAGAAACGAUUUUUGGUGGUUCGAGAUCCAUUCAGAAGAUUACUCUCCCUUUACAGAAACAAAGUGGAGCUGUUAAGCCACCCAGCUUAUAGAGAAAUUUACGUAGACUUCAUGGUUCACCAUCGACCAAUAAGUGGGCAACCAAACGGUGAAAAGAGGAGUGCAGCAUGGAAGGCGAUUAGCUACGCGGAAGGGAUGACCGAAGGUCGACGUCCGAGAAAACCACAAGGAGACAACCCAUAUUUAUAUCCACCGUAUCCCACAUUUAGGGAAAUUGUGGAUGCAACGUUAGCCGGUUGGAGGAAUGUUCACCUCAUCCCAGCUAGUCAGAUAUGUGGUCCGUGUGGUUCAACUAAGUACGAUUUUCUGCUAAAAGCGGAAACGUUUGACUGUGAUCUGAAAAAUAUGUUCAACACAACCGACAACCUAAGACUCCUCACGAACAGUGAGAGAUGGAUGACAAACCAGACCCCUGCCGUGAAUAUGACGAUGUUCUACAGCUACUACUCCACCCUGUCAACGGAACAGUUGGACAGCCUGAACAGCUUUUACGAGGACGACUGUUUGCUCUUUCAGUACCCAUGUGCGGAGCACGUAGAAAAUAUUAAGCAAUUUAAAUUAUUAAAUCCUGAUUUUAAGCAUGAGUAUAAGAACACUUGGUCGGGGAGGGUCGGUGAUUGGGACAUUAUAAGCUGAAUUAAUGAAUUUAAUUGCUCUUGUCUGCCGAUAUGUUCGGUGUUUUAUAUUUAUUGUGUUUAUUUUAAGGGGGGUUCACCCUGAUUUUUUGUGAAAUUUGAUUUGGAGAUAGCAAUUGACCAACAAAUUAGGGCCUGUGAAAUUUGUUAACAUCUCAUCCCUCUUAUUCACUUCAUAUCCACCUGCUCCUUUGAGAUGAUUGCAGGAGGUGCGAUCAGCUCGUAUUUCAAUCUGUUAUUCGUUAUUGAACCUGUAUUGAUUACCUACAUUAGGUAAAAUAAGUGGAUUAAUUUAUCAUAAUUCAUAUUGAAUCAUAAUUUUAUUCUUCAUCUCUGUA